AUGGGUAAAUACCAAAUACAAGAACCGAUUGCUUCUACAAUCUAUGAAAUACGAUUGUUAUUGGAUGGUCUUGGCCUUACGUUAGAAGCACUUGAAGUUUAUAUUGAAAAGAAAGAUCCUCAUUUUCGUAAUAAAAGACAGAUCUUUAAUAAAGGGAUUAAAGAUGAGAGUGGACCCGCUUGGGAUUAUAAAGACCUAUUCGGGACUCGAUUAUUGAUUUUCACGGGAAUGAUUAAGAAAACCCAUUCUCCAGACACUAGAAAUUAUGUUAGAAAAGAGUUUUACAAAUGGUUUUAUAAUACAGGAAUUACGGGUGAAAACUGUCCAGAGAAUUUAUCUCGCCUUCUAAUUGUUAUAGACAGGACACUAUAUAGUGACAAUGAAAAGAAUAUGAAAAAUAAAAACCAAUUCACUCUGCAAGAUGCAACCGAAUCUAUUCAGAAAGGUGAAAGAAAAAAGUAUGAUGAAUUACGAAUCCAGAUAUUUGAGGGAGAAUGGGAAAAAGGCAGAGAAAUUUUAGAAGAACUCAAGAAAAGAUACUAUAAUAAACACCAUGAUUACUCUAUACUCUCUCUGAAUGAACAGCAAAAUAUAGAUGAGAUGGAGGUGGAUACUGCAGACGAUACGUCUCAACAAGAUGACAAAGUGCAUUAA